AUGAUACGCUGUCCGUACAUCCAUGAGAUGCAUGAACGCCUGCUAGGACCUACACCGAGACGCCCUUUACCCAUCUCGUUUCCACCACUCGCCAAACCGGAAGUCAUGGAUCGCGAAAGCGAUUGUCUGCUCGAUAGCCGCCCCGAAAGCCGCCAAAUCGUGGGCACAAUGGUGAAGCUCAACCCGGAUGGUUUUGGGGCGCACACUACUUCCACGCACCCACACCAUCAUCAGACGCCACCACCAACGACGCAGCACCCGCUGCACCACCGCGCACCGCUAGUGCCUUGCCAUGGAACGGACGAUGACGAGGACACGCUUGAAGCCCACCAGCGGGCCCUUCGCAAGGGCACGAUCAGCGAUUCCGACGAUGAUGAUGGAAUUCAUCUGCGGGCACACCUGCGCAAGAUCAUCGACGGUCGCAAACCCAAGAACGCCAAAACGUCGCUCUUCAUCGUCACCAGUCUAGUCUACGCCAUGUUGCUCAUCGUGGUGUGUGUCGCUUACGUUAUCAGCGAUGUUACGACGCACCGUCUGCCUGUGAUCUACUACGAGGGCUUCUUCACCUACUUGUACGGUGCAAGCAUACUAUUCCUGCUGUACGUGUUCUGCUUCUUGCUGCAAGAGAGCUCCUGCUGCAACGGAAAACCGAAACCACCGAAGGAGAAAAAGCCGAAGAAGGAGAAAAAAUCCAAGAAGAACGCUGACGUGGAAGCCGGCAAGGAAGCCAAGGACGGAAAGGAUGCCGGUGCGGCCAAGGAGGGAACGGCAAAGCCGACGAAAGACGAGGCGAAGGGCAAAGGUUCCUCUACCAAGGCCAGCUCAUAUCAGUACUCGAAAAAACAGGAAGUAUAUCCCAAGAAGAAACGUGACCAGCUUCGUGAAUCCCAACAUCGCCGCGAUUCGGAGGCAGCAGCAGCUAACGCAGAGACGGCUACAGCGACAGGGACAGGAACUCCGACAACUCCCGGCAUCAGUCUACCCACAACACCGGCUAGACGAAGUAUAAGGGGGCCCGAUCCGAGCCGUGAUGGCGUGGAACCAUGUUGGGCGCAGGAAUCUACUCCCGGCAACCCGGAAGCGGCCAUGUCUCCUCGAUUCAAGCGCAAAACGACCCAGGACCCCGCCCACGGUAGCUUUUUCCUGCGUGUUGGAGCAAUCGCGUUUGGGCUCGGUACGAUGAUCUACACUGGACUGGAGUUUGGAUCGUUCUUUGAGAUACCGUUCACAUCUCCUUGCCAUCAGAUCCUGCGUGGCGUUAACCCGCUACUGCAGAUGAUCUUCACCUUCAUGCAGAUGUACUUCAUCUUCAUGAAUGCUCGGUUGAACAUUCACCGCUUCAAGGUGCUCGCUCGGUUUGGACUAAUGCACAUUGUGGCGACAAACAUUUGCGUCUGGAUCCGCACUCUGGUGCUUGAAUCACUCAAAGAAAUCACUGCCUACCAUCAACGCCGUGGUCCGGAGCCCGAAGACUCAGUCAUUCUGGAGAAUAUCCGCCAGCACACGUUGCGUAACGCCGGUAUGGUGAUGGGCACCGACCUGGGACCAAGUGGCGAUACCGAGUGGGAGCCAAUCAACGUUAAUCUGAACGCCCAAGAAGACCUUCUGUCGCAAGACGCCUCAAGUGUACUAUCGAAGAUCGUACAAGGUACAGCGCAUACUAUCACAGAGGCUGCCACUACUCUGGUAACUGCUGCUACUUCUACCUCUACUCCGGCUACAACCACGACCACGUCGACGAGCACUACGACCAGCACUACGACUACAUCUACCACUACGCCCUCGACUACUUCGGCCUGGAUUGAACCCAGCACCAAUCCCACCUCUAGAAGCAUCCUUGAUCGUCUGAUGGACAUUGUGGUGACCGAAACGACAACCACCAACGAAACUCCGUCAGAUCACUUCGGCAGUAUGCACGGUCAUGGAUCCGCUCAGAACGCGACCACAACGUCCUCUACGGGCAAUCCCUCGUUCUUGGACCCAUUUGUGGACCACGUCAACUAUCUGCAGCGCAACAGUAGCCUCGAUCAAACGUACGAAAGUCUGGACUCGCUAUUCCCGUCCGCAUUUGUCGCCACCUCAACUGCCGUCUCGUCGAAUGCCACAGCAGUCAGUUGCGGACGAGUCAACAUCAUGGGAACGAUUGUGCAGGACUCGGCUCCCUAUCUAUAUCCGUUCAUCAUUGAGUACUCCUUGAUUGGUGCCGCCGUCAUCUACGUGAUGUGGAAGCACAUUGGACGCUAUCCAAAGUUCACCAACGAGGAAGACCUGGAGCACCGUCUGGAAGUAAUGUUAUCCCGACGCGCUGUCGUCAUGGCACAGCAGGCUCGUACAGGACGUGUUGACUGCGUCGGUGCCUCUAAGGGCUUGUUCUUCGGACUACUGCUGCUCGUAGGAUCACUCAUCUGUCUUAUUCUCUUCUUCGUGCUCGUUCGACACCCGCAGUUGUCUCUAUUGGCCAUCUACUUAGCGGACGUGUCGCACUGUGCCCUCAUGGUGCUUGCCAUCUUCGCUAUCAUCAUUGGCUUCAUUCGCGUCCAAAACCUGAAGUUCCGCUGCGAGGAACAGAGCAACCUGAACGAUAUCCUUCUGCGUAUCUCCGCGUUUGGUUUGUUCGUGUACUCCACUUUCAGCGUGAUCGCUGGCUCGCUAAACGCGUUCGAGAGUGAACCUAAUCUGCUCGUCAUGGUAACCGGUAUUGUAGCAGUUGUUCAGGUCGUCAUUCAGCUGCUGUUCAUCGCUGACGUGUCACGUCGACGCGUUCAUCUCCCGGAACACGACCGCAUCAAACCAGGUCGCCAAAUCGUGACGUUCUUGCUGAUCUGUAACAUCUCCAUGUUCGCCAUCUACACGUUCGAGGCCCAGAAGGUGUUCGCUAACCCGGUUCAAUUGGACUUCUACGGCUUCAUCGCCUGGUCGCUCGUUCAGCGCGUCACACUGCCAUUGUGCAUCUUCCACCGGUUCCACAGUGCAGUCACGCUAGCAGAGGUCUGGAAGACCACGUACAAGGCGCGUCUCGAGUAAGCGCCAUCACAGCAUGCGACCCGCGGCCCAGAGUGAGGCGACCUCUCGCAGGCAGAUAGUCCAUCGCAGUACUCGAUCUUCAUCGUACGCCUCGAGGAGCCUCACUCGAGCGGGCUGCGCACACGUACAAUCCGGGAGUGUGUCGAAGUGAGUCCUCCCAAGUUCUGCUCCCGAGUGCUAUCAAGGACACGCGUCCUUCUGUAGCUCGAUGUCAGUCUAGUCGCAGAACAGUGGUAGGGCCAUCUUGGGGGCACUCCCGCAACUGGCAUGCGUGAAAGGACAUGCCCAACUGCUCAAAGGACGAGGUCGCGAGGGGCACACACACACACACAUACACACAUACAAGCGCGCAGUCGCGUACAAGAAGUGAUUUGUUUGAGCACUGUAUUUACUUCCCUUUUGAAUAGACUCUACUUCUCUUUUUGGAAAAGAAAAAAAAACUUUUUUAGAAGCGAAAGCGACGUACACAACUUAAAGAUAACUUUAUACAUAUAUGAAUACGAAUUAUACAUUUUACUGUUCCACAUAAACUAUGUCCCUCCUGCCCAAGCGGCGACGAGCUCGCCUGUUUUUAGAAGGUCCUUUUUUUCGGUUGUUUCCCCCCUUUGAACCAGGCGUUCUGGGAAGGAGGGAAACGCGGCGGUGGAACGCGAACAGUUCGCCCCUUUGAUACCUAUGGCGCAUCCACGUGAAGGUCUAUACGUUACGAGCAGACGUGAGGGUUUCGAUUAAUUUAUAUCCUAGGUACGCGCGUGAAUGAGUAAUCUUAGCAUUCUAGACGGUAUAGUUUUGACGAAACAAUGUGCGUGCGAGUGUAGGGAACGAUUUCUAGCGGAUAAACGAAUAAUAUAUGGUCAGGAGGGGUUCAUCACGAAAUCACACGACAGUCGUAGACGUAGCGCGCUUUGCGUAACCCGACAAUUGGCUUUGCGUUCGCGAAUUGUUUUUGUUUUCUUCUUUCAACCCAUCGUUCGAAGGGGCUUUUCCGUUGCGCAUUUUCACACCAUCCCACCGGGUGGAGUCGCCGGCUGGUAGGAUACCGAACUCCCAAAAAAGCGGCAGAAGCAGUCAAUCCAGCAUUGAGAGGCUGCCAGUAGUGGUUUGCGAGUCGCGAUGCGUUUUUAAAUGGAGCUCUCAAUACGACCAAAAAGGGCCGCUGUUGUUGGAACUCGGCAAAAGAUGGCGCUCGCGUGCGUCCGCGCUUUCCACGUGCGUAUGGGCCACGUGUUUAGGCUCCACCCUGGGACUCUGUGUGUGCGUCCUUGAACCCUGCAAUCCCGUGUUUAGCCCUUCCUGGAGGCUUUGCGUUUAGUUUUGGUACACCACUAAAGGUCGAAUAAAGUUAGCUGCUCGAUGUUUGCUUUUGGGUUUAGUUUUUCGUGUUUUAGAUCCGUGACGGUUUCCCUUUUUUUUGCUUUGGUUUCGUUUUCGUUUUGCCAACCAUUUGCAUGCUAAGCCACGUCGCGAUCCAUUCUGUCAUUCACUUUGAUAAGGUAACGAGGUAAAACAAACCAGGCAGUAGGCAAAAAAUCCUACCGUAGCCGGUGAGACGAUUGGUAGAGGCAGCAGCUUAGCGAUAGAGGAAAAAAAUCCACUGACAGGCAAGCGGUUCGCCGGUGCGUAGUAUGGUAUUGGAAUGUAUCUUAACAGUAAUAUAAACAAAAUAAUGAUAAGCUUAAACACAAGACGAAAGAACACAAAUCAUAUACAUAUAUAUUAUAUAUAUUGGUAGUUAUAAAACUUGCAAAUUUUAUUUAAACCAAAUGUUCAACAAUGAAAAAUUGUGCAUCGAUGGCCGACGGCAGGUCGCGCAGAGGGGCAGAAUGAGCGUUAGAGAGGUCAGGAACGGAAUCGCUUGGCCGCAAUCGGUUUGGCUACCGACGGCUCGGUUUGGUCGGAGGAUCGAAUAAAUAAAACCACACAAAACAAGCGUAACAUGUCACAAGAAGAAGAAGAAGAUGAAGACGACGAAAAGGCGGAAGAAGUAGCAGACAACAUUAACAAGCAAUCCACAAACAGCUCCACACUUCCACUUUCCACUUGCGAACUACAUUUCAAAAAACGAAAACCGCCCGGCAAGCGUCGCUUGCUGGUGGACUCGUUUCGACACACACGUACACCGCACCCACACACAGCCACACACAUAGGUACACAGCCGCAGCACAUGCGUCGGUGCGGGGAGGCGAUGCAAAUUGUGUGUUCUCGGUGUUAUUAGGUAAAAGCGGAGGCAAAACCAGUGUCUACAUGAGCUAAAUUAUCUGGGUGAG